CACUCACACACUCACACGCAGAGCUGCUCAAAGCCAUGGGACAAGUCACUGUCUAAGGACUGAAUAUUAACUUAUAGUUUACACUCUGUUCUUGAGUUUAAAGCACGUGAAAAGAAAUCCCCCACAUCAUGUCAGAGAAGAAAUCCAGACCCUCGGACACCCGUCCCAAAAACCUGCGCAGCUGGAGCGUGGACAGCUACAUCCGCAGCGUUAAGAAGCGCUCGCGCGGCCAGCGCCACGACCCCCCUUCCAGAGGAUUAGAGGACGGAGACACGCCAGAUGAGCAAAACGUCCGCUCGACUUCCUGUCCCCAGAGACGGAGGGAGAGGAAGUGCAGCUGCACGGCUAUCGGAGACGGAGACAUAGACUCCGUGUGCAGAAAGGCUUUGUCUCGCCGUUCUCUCAGACAGAAGUUCCAGGAUGCAAUGGUCCAGUGUCUCCCCCUCCGUGGCCACCAUCACCAUCAUCACCACCAUCACCACCACCUCCAUCAUCACCAGAGCAGCCAGUCGCGCCCGUUCUCGGUGCUCCUGUGGUCCAAGCGCAAGAUUCACGUCUCCGAGCUCAUGGAGGACAAGUGCCCGUUCUCGCCCAAGUCCGAACUGGCGCAGUGUUGGCACCUUAUCAAGAAACACGGCACGCAUCAGAACGCAUCGUUAGUCCUAGAGGAUCAAAAAAGCAGACGGUUGUCCUCGUCCCCUUCGACUUUUAUUUCCUGGGAGGAGGUCAGUUCUAAUGGUGCUUCCAGCUUGACCGAUUGGGACGCGUCCUUUAUUCAUGGAGAGUCCCAGUGUUGCACACACCCGGACUACAUCUUAGUGCCUGAUCUUCUUCAAAUCAACAACAGCCCUUGUUACUGGGGCGUCCUAAACCGCUUUGAGGCCGAGCAGCUCCUAGAGGGCCAGCCUGAAGGCACCUUCCUGCUCCGGGACUCGGCCCAGGAUGACUUCCUGUUCUCAGUGAGCUUUAGGCGCUACAGCCGCUCUCUGCACGCCCGCAUCGAGCAGACUGGAAAGCGCUUCAGCUUCGACUGCCGGGACCCCUGCAUGUACCGAGACGUGAGCGUCACCGGUCUGCUGAGGCACUACAGCGAUCCAGCCACUUGCCUGUUCUUUGAGCCGCUCCUGUCUCGUCCCCUGCCCAGGAACUUCACUUUCUCCCUGCAGCAUCUGUGCAGGGCAUUAAUCUGUAGCUGCACGACGUAUCAGGGCAUCGAGACUUUGCCUCUGCCUCACACACUCAGGGAUUACCUUAGGCAAUACCACUUCAAAUGUGAUGGGGCGUGUGAUGUCUAG